CGGUGGGCUGUCGGCCCACUUCUUCAGGUGUCUCUCCGAAUCUCUCGGUCUAUAAUCAUGUCUGCUGCGCAAAAGUGCGCGAGCAGAGGUAAGAUUUUGUUGCCCUCGCGAUGACCCUUGGAGACCAUCUAGGAAUGUAACGGCCUUCCUCCCCGUACUGUGCUAGCGACUACUACCCAGAAACCACAACGCCCAGCAAUGGCCCUCGGUAUCCUCGAGCCCGCAGUGGAACAUGUCCCCGGCACUGUCUAUGUCUAUGAGGCGGACCAGCGUCAGGCUGAACUGCUGGAGGCUGCCCAUAACUUGAAGAGGGACAAGGAAGGACGUAGGAUUCUGGUGCCACAACCUUCGAACGAUCCGAACGAUCCCUUGAAUUGGCCGCUCUGGCAGAGGGACUUCAUCCUCGGGAUUCUAUGUUUUGUGUCCUGUCUCGCGACGACGGCAUCUCCUCUUCUCGCCGCUGAUUCAGUCACUCUUGCGAUAGACUUUGGACGCACCUUUCAGGACGCCGCGCUCCUCACAGCCUACCAUCUCUGUGGCGUUGGUGUAGCGGGAUGGCUUUUUGUGGCAUCGGCAAGAGUCUGGGGCAAGAGACAUCUUUUCCUCUUCGGAGCCCUCUUGAUGGUCGCUACCUCUGCGUGGGGCGGUUCAACACAUCACAAGCGCAACUAUGCCAGUAUGCUGUGGAGCAGAAUAUUCCAAGGAGUGGCGCUGGCACCUUUUGAGACGCUGGUCAAUGCCUGCGUGGGCGACUUGUACUUUGUGCAUGAGCGUGGGCCCAGAAUGGCCGUCACCAAUACCUGUCUGUUCGGAGGCGCAUUCCUAACCCCGGUGUUCGUCGGCAUGAUCGCUACGAAUAUGGGUUGGCAGUGGAGUUUCUACUUUCUGGCCAUUUUCAUGGCGCCGGGCUUUCUGCUGCUGUUCUUUUUCGUGCCUGAGACCGCCUACCGACGCGUGCAUUCUCUUGACCUCGAUCUCCUUGCUCAAGACUCGUCGAACGAGUCGCUGGCUCACACACGCCUCUCUGGGACUGAGGAUAUGGAGCACAAAUGCUCGCCCUCGAUGAGUGUCUCGGAGACUCCUCCACCGAAAACAUCAUGGGCCAGGAGCUUGCUUCCCUUCAACGGGCGUAAGACCGAUGAGUCAUUCAUCAAAUUGCUACUACGACCUUUUCCGCUGUUUUUGCAUCCCGCAGUUGCGUGGGCAUGUUUGAUACAAGGUGUGAUCAUUGGUUGGACAGUCAUGGUCGGGGUCAUCCUUUCACUGAUCUUUCUGGGGCCGCCUCUUUUCUUCCAUGAAGAUCAAGCUGGUAAGAUGUACACCAGCGCAUUCAUCGGGAGCAUGCUCGGCCUUGUCUUGGCUGGCACCUACAGCGAGUUCACGACCAAUUUGAUGAUCCGACUAAAUAAGGGAAAGUACGAACCUGAGUAUCGCAUUCUGCUGGUAAUACCGACGCUCAUCUUCUCGGCAAUUGGGCUCUACGGCUUUGGGAUCACAGCACAGGACGUCAAACGCUACGGUUGGAUUGUUCCCGAGGUUUUUCUCGCCUUCAUCAUCAUGAGUAUGGUUAUGGGCGCGAUCGCUUCGGCCCAGUAUCUUCUUGAUGCACACCGUGAAAUCGCGGUGGAAGCCUUUACGAAUCUGAUGAUGUUCAAGAAUUUCUUUUCGUUCAUCUUGGCCUAUCACGCCUACAAUUGGGUGUUCGCCAUUCGGAUCAAGCCUCUGUUUAUUAUCUUCGGCAGCAUUGAAAUCGCCAUCUGUCUGCUGAGCAUUCCGAUGUAUAUUUACGGCAAGAAGAGUCGGGAAUUCUUCCAUCGGCACGAUCUUCUCGCCAUGGCGAAGUUGAGGUGACAGUCCUCUUAUAGUUACUACCAGAGAUAAUGAUAGAUGAUAGAAAUCGAUGUUGUGAUGAACACAUAAUAUUUUACCA